AUGCGCCCGGACCCUAACGCUGCCGCGCCGCCACGCGACAAGCCGCCGCCCGCCCUGCCAGUAUUAGGGGCGACGCCGCCGUUGCCACUGUCACAACGGCGCGUGCUGCAGCCCAUCCAAGAAGCCACACACAACCCCGCUGAAAGGGGAAUCAGCUGGUCCGAAGAUCAGAUCAACGCGCUGCAGAGCGAAAACAAGAAGUUGCGACAACACAUCCUGAAACAUAGGAGGAGGGAGUCCGAAAACCACGAGACCAUUGCGCUGCUGACCCAACAAAACGUCUGCUACCUCCAAGAGAUCGAGCGGCAGGACGAUAAAGUGACGCGGAUAGCUGGCUUCGUCGCAGCCGCCUUCGAGGAGUACAAACACAGCAGAUGGAGUGGUUCCAAGGAGCAUCGCAUCAGCGCCCACACCACGAUUGACGACAUGAUUCGCAUCUACAGCGAGCUGUAG